ACCUAAUAAAAUACUAAACUACCCUUAACCUAGUAAUAGUACCCUCAACACAUUUUGAGGUACAUGACAGGAUUUUCGACGUCGAGUUAAGGGGCAGUUGUUUUGGUUUGUGCGUUUUUCACUGGCGAGAUUGUGAAUUGCCUUUUCAUGGGGCGGAUCACUCUUUUCAAUCUCCCCACCAAAAGGGGAGAGAGGAUCCUAUCCUUGGAGAUGACAUUAUUCCAGGCUAUUGUUCAACACCACCUGGUUUCACCUAGGGUGGUUUCUCGCACAAGCCUUCACUCAAUUGAGCAGCGAUGUCGCGUGUAAGCAGCUGUUCAUAGGAGGGUUCAUGGCUUGCAUUGCUGAUCAUAUUCAUUCACAUUCAACUGAAUAGGAACAACCUUUGUGGGAUAGGUUGGGUGGAAUCAAAACACUCAUCCCCAAUCCAGCCCGACUAGUCACUCCGAACCAUAUUGCUAGUUACAUAGUGAAUCUCAAGUCUUCCACCUGCCCUCAUUUCAAGAAUUGGAACAAAGGUCAUAAACCCAUCCCCUUGAUUUGAUGGACAAUGUUGUACCACCAGGAUAUAAGGAUACCUCAAUCGCAUCUAUACUUGGGUCACUGUAGCUUGAUAACAGUGUGGACAUUUUUGCUCAGAUGGGUUGAUAGGAAACUAAUCAAAUCACUCUCCUAAGAAAAGUGAUUGAGUUGGGCACCUACUGUUAGAAUCAAUGGACGAAUAUGCACACUUGGAUGCAAUGUUUUGAAGCCUACUUUGUGCGCCCUCCGCAUUGAUUUUCCAGGACUUUUCAAUAAUUGAUGUUCGUACCUUCUAGGAAACGACUCACUUACUCAUGUGGGUGACGUGUAGGUAGGUAGCUUCUCUGCCUAGCUCUAAGUCACUAAAGAUAGAACGCUCCAUGGGAGGCAACCCUUGUCUGGCUUCUAAUUUAAAGACGUUAAACAAACGUAUUGACGAGAGAUAUCUUGAUUUUUUUUUCAUUUUUGGUUGUUUGUGCAAACCAAUCAUCAAGGAACUAGUCGGUUGGCACGCAUUUCGACCAUAAAAUAAUUUUGUUCUACCUUUCCCUGUACUCCUACUUCGGUCCAAUGGGGACAUUGUCCCAUUUAAAGUGUGGGAGGGAUUUAGGUAGAUUGUUAUUCAUCAUAUAUACCAUGUGUUAAACAAACCUCGAUUUGGAGGAAACUUUGCAAUGGGUCACGACCAUGGAUCACACCUUGUGAGCGUGUUCACGGGUUGCUUCAUGGCCGUGACAUUGGUCGUGAAUCGUUCAACAAUUUUAAUUCCCGAUCGUCAAAUCUAGAAAAUGUCUUCUGAUUUUCAUGGGUUGGAUCACGACCGUGAUGAUGAUGGGAUGACCCUUCAAAUUUACUCAAAUGCUUAUUCUGUGUAGGGGAAAAAUAAUUUUGUGUGUGCAAUUGUGCAAAAGUUACUCAAAUGCUAUGUCAGGUCAAAUCAUACUAGUGGAGCACUUUCAAGCCAUAGGGGACAUCAAAAUCAAAUUGUUGGAGCUAUGAUUGAAAUACAGGACAAUGCCUUCAAGAAACAGUGCCCAAAGUGCCAUUUGGAUGAAGAGAAACAACAAAAAUGGUGCCAUUUUAUAGAUACCAACCACUUCGUCGGGAAGUAAUCUUGAAGCUUCCUGAUUCGCAAGCCACGUAUUUGAGCAUCCUGAUUGAUUGAAUGAUGCUAGACCUGUGGAUUUACUUCUUAGAAAGCCAAAUCAAAGGCCUAUAAAUAGGUCCCUAGAGAUAGGAAAUAAAGGAGAGAGACGAGAGGUCAAGGAAGGGUCGUUACUCUGCCGAUAGAGCAACCCUCCUGACUUAAGACGAGACAAACCUACGGGGUAGAAACGACAUCAAAAAUAGUGUUGCUCGAGCUGUUUUCUCUUUCACUUGCGUCAUUUAAGAUGGGACUAGAAAUAGCUGUCUUACUCGAUCGAACAUCAUUCGAUCAAACGUCAUGAGAAAUAAAAAGGGUCCUUGUCACCCAUUAGUUCGCGGUAAAUUCUUUGACACAAGGUUGGAUUUAAAGAAAUAAGAAAUUAGCAGCUUGAAUGCCACUUAUCAUCGGGGGACACAUUGUUAGGAAACCUAGGGGAAGAUUUCCUAUGCAACAACUUUGUUCUGCGAUCUUUCACUCGUCCAGUAGCAGUAGAUUUACUUUUAUGAAUCUUGUUACCUUUGAACUCUUACGUUCUGCAAAGUCAGAGGCACCUCAACUUCCAUAAACCGACCUCCUCUUCAAUAGAACCGUAAAUCGCUUCCGAAGUAAGGGUUCUGCGAGGGGCCUUAGAAAAAUAAAUAUGUAAACCUUGACUAAUAGUUCUUGUAUCAUACCCUGAGGAAACACAAUAGAUCUAUCACCCAAAUAUAUUUUAAUUUUUGUUGGAGAUAGUUCACCUACCCCUAACUUCUUAAACACUAAAUAAGGAAAACAUUAAUGCUAUCACCUAGAUCUGCCAAACAUUUUUUAAAAUGUAAAUCACCAAUCAUACAAGGUAUAGUGAAACUUUCAGGUUCUUUCUUCUUUUUGGUAGCUUGUUUGGAGGAUAGCCUAACAUUUCUUAUUCGAAGGUAGAAAUAGCUCCCAACUUCUCCCUCCGUGUCACUAUCUCCUUCAAGAAAUUGGUUUAUUUUGGCAGUAGGUACAUGGCUUCUACAAAAGGGACAUUGAUUCGAAUUUGCUUAAGAAUAUCCAGGAAUUUGUGAAUUCCUAAUCCAGUUAAUCCCCCUUAAGUCUUGUAGGGUAGGGAUUUCCGGCUCGAGUGAGGUCUCCUUUUCCUCUUCUUCUAGGUCUAUAUAAGUUGGAGUUGUAAAUUUUAACCUCGUAGCAAGUGUUUCUAGAUUAUUCUUUCCACUUUGCAGAGUGACUAUCUUGCUUUCUUCUUCAUCCUCCUUGAAGACUAUUAGCUAGGUUAAAGCGGCUAACUUUUCUUCCAGUUUAUGUAGAUCCAUUAUGUUCUGGUGCUAAACCUCAUCUAGAUUCUGAAAUCUAUUUGUGGUUGUUCCCAUAAAACCUUCAAUUGCAUUCUUCUUAAGGGAACUUUGAUCCAUGAAGUAUUGGAAUUUUUAUGUGCAUUCUACUUGUGUGUCUUCAUGACCAAAAUUAAAGGUAAAGACUUCCGAUUCGGGCCAGGUUCCUCAUGGUGGAUUGCUUCUGGUGAUGACAAUGAUAGAUUCAAUCUAGGGUUUACAAGGAUAUAUGAAUGCCAUGGAUUCCUUUCUUCUUCUGAAGGCACUCCCCACAUAAUAUUCAAUCCCAUAGAUGAGGGGGAAACACUCUCACCUUUAUGGUGUUUUUUCUACCCCUACGAGUUUGAUUUUUUGGUCAAUCUUGCCAACUAUAGAGGGAAUGAUCACAUGUAGAGUUGGCUUGGAUGCUUCAACUUCCUCCUCUUCUCGCUCCUCUCUUCAAUCGUAAUUUUUCUCAACCAUCUAUUGCAGCAGUUCAUGAUAUCUCCUAGUUCAUUGUCUCUUAAGUUCCCUCCCCCAGACUUGAGGAUUCUCUAUUUGUGAUCAUCAUUGAUUCCCUUAAAGAAAAUUUCCACCUUUCUCCAGUCUUCAAUCCCAUGGUGAGAGCAUUCAAAAAGUAAUGAUUUGUAUAGUUUCCAAGCUUCCCCAAAAGACUCUUUCUUCCCUUGUGGAAAAGAACCUACGAUUGCCCUCAUCUUGAUAGUUCUAGAAGGAGUAUAGUAGCUAUUCAUAUACUUGAUGCAUAGUUCAUCCCACAUGGUUAUGGAGUGAUGAGGUUGACUAAUCAACAAUUUCCUAACAGUCCCACCAAGUGAAAAAGGGAAGAGCCAGAGAUGAAUCGCCUCUCGAACUUUCUCAUUUACAAUGAUCACAUUAGUGAGGGUAAGAAAUUAUUCUAGGUGGGGAUGGGAUAUCUCAUUUUUGGUCCCCCCAUAGAUUGGAAGUCGUUCUUGAUCAUAGAAUUCAUGUGAGGAAUGAUGUCAUAACCUUUCCCAUUCAAAUUAGGAUGCAAAACGGGUGACUUUAGAUCUAUUGCCCCUGGAUAUGAGUAUGACUCCAUCGUCUUUGGUCUUGGUUGUGGUUGUUCUAGUUUAUGCAUUGGUUGAGCUUGUAGCAUUGCGAUUCUUCGAAGUCCUCGAAGUGUUCUUUUGAUCUCGGUAUCAAGUGGUAUCGGGUCAAGAGAAUUUCUUCUUCGCAUACACACAAGCUUCAAAACACAAACUCAAAUAACCAUGAUGCACAAAGUGUGACAAAUAAAACAAGCCAAAACUACUAGGUAUUAAUAAGUAGAAAAGUAAGACUAAACUAACAACUCUAUGAUUUUCAGCUAGUUACCAAGGUUCCCCAGCAACGUGCAAAAAACUAGGUUCGUUAAGUGCAUGUCAUAAUCUGGAUGCACAAACUUAAACUAAAUACCCCAUCUUGAGCCAAGUGUAACUCAAGAUGGCAUUGUUAGUGUAGUGGCCAACCAAGGUCGUAUUCCAUGGGGCGUCGAUAUCCUAGGCUUCUUCUCACUCGGUUGUUAUCUAGCCAAAUCAGGUUUUGGGUUGGUUAUAUAACAAUUGGUAAUAAAUGGCAAUGGAAGAAAUGAGAAAGUAGGUACUCGGGGCACCGCCCUCACCCUCGCCCUCGUUACUAGGUAUGUCAUGCAAAAGGAUAAAACUUCCGGUUUAUGGGGGAUCAAGUGCGAGACUCGCUAAUAUAGGGGCUAGCUCAACAUUCAUGAAUCUAACCCCUUCCCAAUCAGAUCCACUAACCCAAUCUCACCUCAAUCAGAUCGACGAAUUAGUGAUAUACUCUAUUCCCUUUCAAUGUGUUGCACCCAUCUGCCACUAGUUCGAUAUGUCGAUAGUCAUGCACAACUAUCAUCACCUUGGUGGGUGUCCUAGUUUGUAGGGGAUGGUCACCUCGUCCACCAACUAGUUCCCUACAUCCUAAUCUACGCAAAUCAUGGCAACCCGCUCAAUCCACAACACCUUCAAGCAAACCCUAACUAUGCAAUUAAAGAUAGCAUAUGGAGAGACUAGUUCAAAGCACAAUAAUCAAAGAUAAAUGCAUAAGAACACUAUGAAACACAUUCCAUUCAUAAACUUAAGCAAAAUGUAUCUUACAUAACACAACCUAUAACUAGGAUUUGGGGGGUAGGGGGGACCUCUAGUACCUUGAGUGACUACCCCAUAAACGGGUGAAAAAACACAUAAAAGAAUAUGGUAGAAGAAUAGAGAUGGAAGACUUCUGGAGAAUCCUUUUCUUCUUAGCUCUUUCAUACUUCUUCUCAUCUCGUCUUCUCCUUCCUUCAGCUUCUCUCUCUAAACUCUCCUUCCAAACCAAAAAUUUGACCAAGUGUUUAAGCUCUCCUUGCAAUAUAGGAAGAGUCCACUAUUUAUAGAAUUAAGGAGCAUGGACAAAAUCUCGGACAAGGGCUUGAGAUCGCUGGCAUGAUCUUUAAUAGAGAGUCUGUAAUCUUGAAAUGAUAUUGUCCUUGCUCUACUCGCUUGGGUAAUCGUGGGCUGACUUCACGGUCACUAUCCGUAAGUCACGGUCGCGAUCUUUAUUGGGGUCUUGGGGGCAGAAGGAUGUGAGUCCAUUGUUGAAACCUUUUGUCCAUCCCUGGUUGUUUCUUCUCCAAGUUCACUGCUGAACCCUCCAAGAUCUCGGGCACGAUCUUUCUUCAUAGGAUGCGAUAUUUGGUGGAAGUUGGCGACCUCCUCUUCUUGGUUUUGAUCUUCUUUUUUUUUUUUUCUCCACAUCCUACACGUGUGCCCCGUUUUGGCGCCUAAAAUGCAAGUAUCGUGGAAUGCACCCUAAUACGACAUGAAAUGCUCCAUGGAACGAAUUCGGGAUGCAAAUGACAAUAUCUUAACCAUGUGGACCAAAGAAUGACAUGAAAUCGCCUAGAAUAUGGAGGCUAAAUAACUCCAGUUUGGGUGAUAUCACAUAUAGAAGCAUCUUUACUCUCUUCAGUUGUAAACAUGUGCAUCUUGCAAACUCGAUCUUCAAUCCAAGAUAGAUCAUCUACAACAAGGGGGUAUGAAAAAUAGAAAAUCAUUGAUUGGGGGAAGUAAAGUAUGUUCAAUAUCAACCCAGGUCGGUCCGUCUACCCCUACUUCAGUCAUUUGAAUCAUUAUCUAUCAAUAAGGUUUUGAUUGAAAAGUUUGCUAAUUAAAGUAAAACAAGACAAAGGUGAAUGGUUUUGAAAGCUCUUUUGUGGAAGGAUCACUCGGGUGUCGCUUCCCCCUAACUACUACCACGGUAUGUGAACCGAAAUAUUUCCUAUGGGCAAGGUGAUUGCUAACCGCUAGGGGACGCAAAUAUGGUCGUAGACCACGCUCAUAAUUGCUAAACCAAGGCAUGCAUUAUAGGAUGCAUGCAUUAUAGGAUGUUACUAGGCCCUCUCAGUUUAGGCAAUCAAUGGUUGACUUACUCCCUCACUCAACCCAAGAGUUGGUCGGCUUAAUCGUGCUUAACCAAAUUGCUUAAUCCAAUAUUGAGGUUUGCCCUAAAUUAGCAUAGUUAGAAGACUUGAAAAGCCCUAGGGAUACCAACUCGAUUGAGGCUCCCUUGGAAGGGGGGUUUCCCUCUCUAGACUAGGUUAAGUGCCUAAUUAGAUUGCUAAUCAUAAACAUGCACAAUCCAUAGGUUGUUAAGCAUAGACAUGCACAAACCUAAGGAUGCUAAGCACAAACAUGCACAAUCAAGAUGAAUAAUACCUCAAACAUUUGGAUUAAACAAUACCCAAUGACAAUCAUUCAAUUCACAUAAAAGAAAACUACAUGGUAGAGUUAGGGUUUCACAACACCCAAGUGAAAAGAAUUAUACUCCAUGCUAGAGAUGGGAGAAACACAAGGAGAAGGGGUAGAAACCAUCUUGGAGGAGGAUUCCAAUCUUCUUGGCCCUUGUGUUGAACUUUCCUUAUAGGAAAUCUUCCCAAAAUCUACCUUGGAGCAAAGCAGGAGCAGAGCAAGAGAGAGAGAGCGAAUCAGGGUAAGUUUUGGAGCACGAGUCAAGCCAAUCCAGCAAGUCCCACAGCAUCAAGGGAGCCCCAGAAAUGUUUUCCCUUGCUCAAAUCGGUCUAAAGCCAACGCCAUUGAUGAAUCUCAUUCGAGCAAAAACUGCUAUGAAAUUGACCCUGAAAUGUUUUCCCUUGCUCAGCUCGGUCUAAAUCCAACGCCAUUGAUGAAUCUCAUUCGAUCAAGAAAUGCUCUGAAAUUGACCGAUAAGGAAGAAAAAUCAGGUGAAUGGGUUAGCGCUAGGGCUGGGAAUCCAGACCAAACCGUAUGGGAAACCGCGGUCUAGACCGUAUCGUAUGGUUUGGUCUGGACCGUGAGACCAGAACUAUGGUCUGGUCUGGUUUGCGGUCUCCUCCUUUAGUGCGUGGUCUGAAGUGGUCUGGACCGCGGUCUACCGCAGUAAACCGUAACAGACCGCGACACACUACCUACUACCUUGGAAAAAAAUAACACUAAAUUGAACCUCCAUAUGUGUAUUUGAAGAACAAAGUUAGUUGAUUCUUCAUCUAGUUGAAAGCCAAUAAAUUGCAAAAUGAUCGCUUAUAUGUUAUCUCCUUAUCAAAGUACCACAGAAAAAUUAGAAAGACUCAUAAAUAAUAUUCACAGAUAAUGUCUAGACUAUGGAUUCGAUAAAAAUUAAACACUACAAAAAAAUUCGUUCACCUUGAUGAGAUAAGGAAAAUUAUUGAGAGAUAUGCGACCAUCUUAGUGGUUCGAAAUUACCUCGACGUCAUCAAAAAGGUUAUUAACUGGGAGAACCUUUAGAUCACUCGAGAGAGGAGAGAAGCGGUAGCACAAAGAGGAAUAGGGAAAUAAGGCUAUUUGAAAAUUGAAAAAACCCACUUCUAUCCUCAUAUUUCUUCUUAUUUAAUACGAUCGCAAUUUUUUUGUUUCACUAGCAUAUUGGUCACUAGAUUUUUUUUAUAGAUACCGGUGAAGGGUUGGAGGGCGAACAAGAGUUAAUUUUUUUUAACAUGGUCUAUCUGGUCCCUACCAUACCGGACCGCACCGCACAGGUGUGGUCUGGUCUGGACCGUAUAGUAUAUGGUCUGUGUUCCAACCUCUCGGUCUGGACCACAGACCGUAUCUAUGGUCUGGUCUGGACCGGACCGCACCGUUUCCCACCCCUAGUUAGCGCAAUCAGAGAUGAUUCGACUCAAUCGCCUACUGCGAAAUAAUCAAAUGGUAUUCAGGAUGCUCUCAGAUCAAUCCAAUUAGCCUCGAAAUGUCUGGAUAAAAAACACCCAAAUCUGGAUAGGAUUUCUUGGUUUCGCAAAUUUGAAACCCGAAAGUGGCGCGAAGGGGCGAAUCGUCAAAUCAACGACGACGAUGAUGCCUACCUGGAAGGCCUCGACCAAGCGAGCAGAAGUGGUUGAGCACAUACGUAUCUGAAAAGCCUCAAUCGAGCGAGUAGAAGAUCCAAGGAAACCUCGUUUUGGAAAAUUGCUGCUCAGCAAAUCCAAAUCCGUUUCGGAUUAGGAUUACGUGUUCUCUAUGGUUUUGACUUCUAUAUUUUCGUGUUCUAGAACAAUUAGGUUUUCCUUUUGAGUUUUACGCAUAGAUAGGUCUAUUUAAGCUCGUUUUCAAGGUAUUGUAAGACAGAUUUUUGGUAGAUAGAAUACAACUUUUGUGUUUCGUUCAUUAAGCUUUUAUGCUUUGUGAAUUGGUUGAAUUGCUUGGAGUAAUCUGAGAGUUGAAGAGCUUGUAUUGAACGAUUGAUCCCCAUCGUUCGUGGCCAACAUCUACUUAUACUCUUCGAACCUUCUUCCGCGUGAAAGAUUGCACGAGAGUUCUGUUUCCCCAAUAACAACCUCCACCAUUGUUCCUAUGUUCUUGUUCAAAGCCUACGUUCAAUUCUCAAAAUUGGACAGGCUGCACAAAUUCAAUCACGACCCUAGCUUCUAGGGCUGUAUUAAGUGGUAAUCAUAGCCCGGUUCACACACACAGUGGCCAAGAUGAAGGACGACGUUGACGGAUUUACAUGGUGGACGAGAUCGAAGGGUCCCGUUGCCAGUGACCCUGUUGUUCUACGCCAAAAGGAGUGUGAAUCCGCAGUUGAGAGUAAAGAUUUAACCAUGGCAUGCCAGGCGUUUGACAUGGAGGCAUUGCUGAACCAAAUUGACGCUCGACUUCAGGCUCAAUUGGGGGCAUUCAAGCGCGAGAUUGAUCAGAGGCUCGACGCGAUUUCUCUUCCGGAAAAUAUAAUCAGAGCAGGGGCAGUUCCGGACCGGGGUAAUCAAGCUGAAAACCCCGAAUUGAUGGAUCAGAUCGAGGAAUUGGAUUGAAGGUUGGUCAUAGUAGAGCCUUGUCCCGACCGCCAGUAGCGAGAGCAACGUGAACACCGCGAACCAGAGCCGGCAAUUCCCCCUGGGCUUAAAUUAACGAUUAAGGCGUUUCAAGGCACGUCGAAUGCAUGAACUUAUCUAGACUGGGAUCGCAACCUGAUUCUUUUCUUCCAGUGUGGACAGUAUACAGAGCAACAGAAAGUACACUUGGCUACUUAUGAAUUCAGUGACUAUGCUGCUUAGUGGUGGGAGCAGGUUCGUCUUCGACGAUAGCGAAAUUUGCAGCCUGAGAUUACAACGUGGACCUAGUUGCGCGUACGAAUGAGGGAAAGAUUCAUCCCUGCAAUUUAUCAGCGUGAAUUACAUGAAUCUCUCAACUAAUUCGUCAAGGAUCACUGAUUGUGGAGAAAUAUUUCCUAGAAUUAAAAUUGCUCCUAAUGCGGGCUGACGUUCGUGAAGACAGAGAAGCGUCGAUUUCACGAUUCCUCCACGGCCUGAAUCGUGAAAUCCGAAACGAAGUUGAUCUGUGAUCAUUUGUCGAUCUAGAAGAAGAAGUUCACAUCGCCAUUAAAAUUGAAAAACAACAGAAAACGGCGACGAGUAGACGAUACACUCCAGUUACCAAACUUGCGACUGAGUCCACCGUCGACACUACUCCACUUCCACUGCGGCCUAACACCAACAAAUCAACUACCAAAAAUGUUUUCCCAGUUGCUACCGAACGAUCUGUAGCCAUUCUUUGUUUUAAAUGUCACGGUCGAUGUCAUAAUGCCAACCAAUACCCAAAUGUGAAGACCCUGGUAAUCAAGCAAGGGAAUUACAUUUCUAACGACGAGAAAAACUCCUCUGACGACAAAGAGUUGGAUGAAGAAAUUGAAGUUGAAACCCCUCGCCCUCUAGGAAAACUCAGGGGCGUUAAUCGAAGAGCCCUCUCUAUUUAAUCGCAUUACAAUUCUGAGUAGAGGGAUAACUUAUUCAUUUCCCGCUGCAUUGUCAAUGGUGAAUUACUAUCGCUGGUCAUCGACGGAGGGAGUUACACCAAUGUUGUGAGUGCUGACGUGGUCCAAAAGCUGGGACUAAAUACCGGCAAGCAUCCUGAUCCCUAUACCCUACACUUGCUGAGUGUCUAUGGCGCCAUCCGGGUCAAUAAACAGGCUCGAAUCAAGUUUGCGAUGGGAAAAUACGAAGACGAGCUUCAGUUCGAUGUGGCGCCAAUGCAAGCUGCCCAUUUAUUACUCGGGCGUCCUUGGCAGUUUGACCGAGGGGUGUGUCAUUACGGAGGAACAAAUUGUUAUAAGUUUAAACACCUUGGUUAGAAUUUUCUGCUUAAGCCACUAAUACCGUUCGAAGUUCGGGAGGCUCAGCGUCAGCUUGAGGCAAGUCGACGGCGGCAGAAAGUAGAAGCUAGAAAUAUAUGUGUAGAAGCUUCUAAGGAGUUGAACUUGGUGACUCGGCAAUAUAUGAUAACUGCAUAUGUGAAGAAGAGGGUUGUCAUCAUCAACAGCUCUGUGCUGUUCUGCUGGAGCAGAGUAGGAGAGAGAGCGAAUCGGGGGAAGAUCUGGAGCACGAGUCGAGCCAAUCCAGCAAGUCCCACACCAUCAAGGGAUCCCCAGAAAUGUUUUCCUUUGCUCAGCUCGAUCUAAAUCCAACUCCAUGGGUGAAUCCCAUUCGAGAAACAACUGCUCUGAAAUUGACCUAUAAGGAAGAAAAAUCGGAUGAAUGGGUUAGCGCAAUCAGAGAUGAUUCGACUCAAUUGGUUACUGUGAAAUCAUCAAAUGGUAUCCCAGGAUGAUCUCAGAUCAAUCCAAUUAGCCUCGAAAUGUUUGGAUAAAAAACGCCCAAAUCUAGA